AAAACGCAACAUUUGGACCCGGAAAGACAACAGUUGUCAUUAAAGUGCCGCGGAGUGUUUCCUUCUGUGUUUGGACACAAUUGGCGAGUCUCUAAUGGGUUCUUCUGCUCGUCUCAGGCUCUACAUGGAGGACAGUGGACCGCUGAUCCUGGACGGCGGACUGGCUUCAGAACUGGAAGCACAAGGAGCCAAAUUACAGGGAGAUCCUCUGUGGAGCUCCAGGCUUCUCCACACGGACCCUCAGGCCAUCAGAGAAGCUCAUUACAGCUUCCUCCUCAGUGGGGCCGAUGUCAUCACCACGGCAACGUACCAGGCCAGCAUCCCGGGGUUCGUCGAGCACCUGCACGUGAGCCCCGAGGGCGCCAGAGACCUGCUGAUGUCCGGCGUCCGGCUGGCCAGGGACGCCGUGGACCGCUUCGUCUCCGACGCUCGUCCCUCAGGGCGGAGGCGUCCGUUGGUGGCGGCGUCCGUCGGGCCGUACGGCGCCGUCCUCCUGGACGGCUCGGAGUACAGCGGAGCCUACGCGGAGCGGAUGAGCGUCGAGGACCUCAAAGCCUGGCAUCGGCCUCAGAUGGACGCCGCGGCGGCGGCCGGGGCCGACCUCGUCGCCCUGGAGACGAUCCCGAGCAUCAAAGAGGCGGCGGCUCUGCUGGAGCUGCUCAGAGAGUUCCCCGACCUGCGGGCCUGGCUCUCCUUCUCCUGUAAGGACGGGAGGCGCGUAUCGGACGGCAGCACCUUCGCCGACGCCGUGCGGCUGGCGGCGGGCGGCUCCGCCCAGCUGGUCGCCGUGGGAGUCAACUGCUGCUCGCCGGCGCUGGUGGAGCCGCUGCUGGACUCGGCCGGGUCGCUGCUGGGCCCGGACCUCAGCUGGGUGGCGUACCCCAACAGCGGAGGGGACUGGGACUCGGAGAAUGGGUGGGUGACGUCGGAGGAACAGUCCUCCUCCAUCCUCACGCUGAGCCCCACGUGGAGGAAGCAAGGCGCUGAUUUGAUCGGAGGCUGCUGCUGCAUCGCUCCGGCUCACAUCGCACAGUUACGCCAACGGCUAAAAAAAUAUGACGAUUGAUGAGAAGACGUCUGAAUCCAGGAGUUUAGAAGAAUCUUUAUUCAUUGGGAAAUAAUAAAUAAAACCACAACAUCAAAUCACAUGACACCUGUCUGUGUACAUGGAAAUAAACCAGUUCACUCUGUGAUCUUCACGAAGCAUUUUACCUUCACUUCUUUACCUGGAAGCACAAACAUAACGUCAGCUUACCUGCAAGGAGUGUGUGAGAGAUUGGUAGCAGGAUGACACACUGAUUGUUUAUUUA